CCUUCAGCAAAGACGACGAGAACUCAAGCCGCAGGCAUGCCUAAACAGAUUAAUCUAGUGCCUCCAAUUUCUGAUGUUUCUUCUAUUAUCCUCAUAAUGUCGCUAUUCACGCCUAGCAUGAUGGGAUUUGUCACGGUCAGGCCUGUCCAUUGCGGUCAACGCAGAUUGGAUAUGUGCGGGCUUGUAGGUUCGACUUCGGUGAUAACAAUCAGCACGAUGCUGCGGUCGCUAUCAGGUCUUGUGCUGUCACCGAACCCGUCGGCAAAUUAUGAGACUCUCACUCUGCGCUUGGACAAAUUGGGCGGUGCGGAGAAUGAAAAGGUAUCCGAGGGUGCAGGUUCGGCUGUGAUCGGUGAUAAGCAUGGGCCGAGGAUCCAAGCUGCCAUGCCACGGCCGCAGCUGCCAAAUGCAGCGCUGCGGGUCGGUGGGUUGCCUGCUGGGGGCUGUUUAUCAGCUAGCCUCGCAGCCAUUGGUCUCUCUGGCCAUUUCCCAACGACACGCAACACUAAAACCCGAGUACCCCCGGCCAGGCCAGUGCACGCUGAUUCCUCAAUAUUCUCCGAUCUGCAGGUCUGGCGUUCCAUGAAUGGCGGGGGUCCCAGUCACACCAUGCUGGCCAUGUGUCCAGUACUCGAGUCAGUGCCAAUUGCCGGCUCCGGGUGAUGUGCCGUCCUGGCCUUCCAGACAAAACGAUAAACCCUAUUUCAGCAUCGCGGCUGGGUUCACCUCAGCUGAGGUUAUAAAUCGGUCAGCAUGCGUCUUCCUGGUCCCUGCAUCCUUGCAUCCUCGCAUCCCCCCUGGUCCUUUCUUUUUUUCCAUCUAGCAUGAUUUUUGAACCCGCAGCCAGGGCCCCGGUGCCCUGCGCCGAUGUGAUCUCCUAUGUCUUUUCUGACCCGCCCUACGAUCAUAACGAACCGGUAAUAUUCCGAUGGGGGAUACAUUUUCCUCUUCUCGAAUUUCUUUUCUUCUCGCCUACAGAACACCUCUAACAGGUACAGAUCUACGUUGAUGUCCACAAUCCCUCUCGCUCCAUUUCCUACAACCA